UUCUUCUAUCUGGAAAAAAGAGAAGCAGAAUCCUAAUUUCCAACAACAGAUCCAUUUUCUCCAUAGAUAAAAAAUCAGUGGGAAUUCGGUUCGAGAUUUAUAAACGAAGUGAGCAGCAAGCCUUCGGGUGAGCUCCUGAAGGACAUGAGAGGGCUUCCUUCUUCGGCUUUCAGGGCAACGCCUGUACUAAGAAAUCGACUGACCAGCAAGAAUCGGAGACAAUUCCCUUCGAAUACAAUCCAGAGAACUUCAAAGCAGAGCCCUUCAAGAGGUAAUCCUGCUCCACUAAUUACCCAUUUAAAAAAUCCCAACUUGGUUCGGCUUCCCAAUCCUUCUCCUCUUGCUGAUAAACUUAGUUCGAGUCUUGAACCAAUUGAUCAUUCAUAUAUUUCUAGAGUUCUUUCGAGCAAGGACUGGCUUCUUUUGUUAAACCACGAGUUUAAGGCCAGCAGGAUCGUUUUAGCUCCUCAAUUUGUGGUUAGUAUUUUGCAAAAUCAAGAAAACCCAUUGAAUGCCAUAAGAUUUUAUAUCUGGGUUUCCAACGUCGACCCAUUACUUGCAAAGAAACAAGCGAUUCGGGGAGUCCUUGGCCGCAACCUUUACAGAAAAGGCCCUGACCGUCCGAUGUUGUUAUCUGUUGAUCUGCUUCAGGAAAUUAAAGAGUCUGGUCUUAAAGUGACUGAGGAACUGCUUUGCAUAUUAAUUGGCAGUUGGGGUAGAUUGGGUUUGGCAAAAUACUGUGUUGAAGUAUUUGGGCAAAUUGGGUUUAUGGGUCUUAAUCCCAGCACGAGACUGUACAAUGCUGUAAUUGAUGCAUUAAUCAAGUCCAAUUCAUUAGACUUGGCUUAUUUGAAAUUUCAACAAAUGCCGUCUCAUAACUGUGUUCCUGAUAGGUUCACUUAUAACAUUCUCAUCCAUGGUGUUUGUAGGCUCGGGGUGGUGGACGAGGCGCUUCGUUUGAUCAAACAAAUGGAGGGAUUGGGAUAUUUUCCAAAUGUUUUCACAUAUACAAUCUUGAUUGAUGGAUUUUUCAAUGCCAAGAGGGCUGAUGAAGCCUUCAGAGUUUUACAGAAAAUGAAGGAGAGGAAUGUGGUUCCGAAUGCAGCUACUAUGAGAUCCUUGGUUCACGGAGUUUUCCGUUGUAUUGCCCUGGAUAAGGCGUUUGAAUUUUUAUUGGAAUUUGUUGAGAAGAAACAGGGCGUAUCUCAGUUGGUUUGUGACAAUAUUCUUUACUGUCUUUCAAUGAAUUCUAUGGCCAGUGAGGCUGCAAUGUUUUUGAGUAGAACUGGGGAGAAAGGUUAUGUGCCGGGCAGUUCAACCUUCAAUGUCACCAUGGCAUGUGUAUUAAAGAAGCUAGACCUGAAGGAAGCAUGUGAUAUAUUUGAUAUUUGUAUACAGAAAGGUGUCAAGCCAGGGUUCAGUACUUAUCUUGCACUUAUUGAAGCUCUGUACAAGGCGGGAAAAGUGGAGAUUGGGAACCAAUAUAUGGAUUGGAUUAUAAAGGAUGGUCUUGUUUCCAACAUAUAUUCAUAUAAUAUGAUCAUUGAUUGCCUUUGCAAAGGCAAAUUAAUGGACAAGGCAUCAGAAAUCUUCAGUGGUCUGCAGUAUAAAGGCAUUUCUCCAAAUAUUGUAACUUUUAAUACUCUUAUAGGUGGGUAUUGCAGAAAUGGAGAUAUGGAUAAAGCUCAGGAACUUCUUGAAAUGCUAUUAGAAUGUAGUUUUAGACCAGAUAUCUUCACAUUUAAUUCAGUAAUUGAUGGCCUCUGUCAAGCACACAAGUAUGAGGAUGCUUUUGGUUGUUUCACUGAAAUGGUUGAGUGGGGUCUCAGUCCAAAUUCUAUCACAUAUAACAUAUUAAUUCAUUCCUUUUGUGCGAUUGGAGAUGUUGCUAGAUCUACUCAACUCUUGAGAAAAAUGCAACUCAAUGGUAUACAACCCGAUAGUUUCUCCUUCAAUGCCCUUAUCCAAAGCUAUUUUCGAAUGAAUAAAGUUCAUAAAGCUGAGAAGCUUUUCAAUUUGAUGUUAAGAUUGGGUAUACAGCCUGACACUUAUACGUAUGACAUUUUUAUCAAGUCAUUGUGCAAGUCAGGUAGGCAUGAAGAAGCGAAGGAGAUGCUUCUCUCAAUGAAAGUGAACGGUUGUACUCCUGACUCUUAUACUUGCAGUCUUAUUAGUGAUGCUCGUGCCCAUAUUUAGGUCUUUAUGACAAUGCUGAUGAUGUUACGAAGACUGGAGAAUUAUGAGAAGAAGAACAUCAUAUAAUUGACUUGGAAAUUGGGGAUUGGCCAUUUGUUGGUACUGAUCUCAUGAUGUUCUCUCAUAUGAAUUUACAUAGAAGGCUACAUUGUUUUAAGCACUGACAAAAUCAAAAGCAUCCAUUGUUUCAGAGAUAGGUGGAUGGGUGACUCACAUUUUGUCUGAUGCGUUGAUGAAGUCCGGUGAGUUUUCAGACUCCAAACGUUGUAAGGACAGACGAGAUUCUUGUUGAAUUAACCAAGGUGUACAAAGCUAGCUUGAAUGUCCAUAGUUAUUAAAAUGAUCAUGGUGUUUUCCUAAAUCUUGAUGCUUGACACUAAGAGCGAUGUAUGCUAAAACUCAAGCUGCUAUUGUUAUCUUCAUUUGCAAAUUUGCAAUUACACAUAGGUGUGUGGUAUGGCACGAUCACUUCCAUUCUGGCUUCUCUUAUUCUCUUACAGUGUAGUAGAAACUCCAAGGGUCAUUAAUUGGGGGAACGGAACUUACCAUCUGCCUGCUGCAUCAUCCCAAAUGGCACAAUAAGGUGUUCAUAUUUUGGAAACUUAUUUAUGCUGUAGUCUUGGAGUUUCUUCUACAGCAGGAAAAACAGAAAGUUCUGUAUGAUGGAUGUUCAUCUGUCAUUCACGUGACCUUGAUACAGCUUAUUGGUUUUUAAUAAGAGGCAAAUACUUUAUUGGUUGCCAAUUAUUGGUUUUUAAUAAGAGGCAAAUACUUUAUUGGUUGCCAAUGUAAAAAGGGGACCAGAUGUUAUCUUCCUAUGUAUUUAUUUUGCAAAGAAGAGUCCAACUUUAAAGAAUUAUUACUUUGAUUUCUCUAUAAGAUUAUAACCAUAACUAUUAACCUAUGCUUGAUUUGAGGACUGCACACUCCAUUGCCGAUUGUAAAUCAGGUUUUUGAACUAUUAUAAUGUAAGACAUUGGGGAUCUUCUAUCACCAACAGAUUGAAAACAAAAUUACAAGCAAUCUUGAUAUCAUUAGUUUCUUGUGUUAUAAAAAGGACUUGACAUGGCUGUUUCUUUUGGAUUUUGAAGGGGGAUUUGGUCUGUUAGUUUCGCAUCUAGCUCUUAUGGAGAUAACAUUACGGUAUUAAAGUUGUCCUAAUAGCUUUCCACUCUGCAAAUUGACCCUCAUAUUAUUUGCCACUUUUUUUCUCUAUGCAGAAUGGCUAUGUUGCAGAGGAUUAUAUGAUUUUCCUUUAAUUAUAUCUCUUAUAAUUGCCAUUUGAUUGUGGUUAAUACUUUUGAUAGGUUAAGUGGAUGAAGUUGUACGUGUAAAGGGAUGCCACAGGUUUUGAUCCUGUUGAAAUUUGUCCAAGAACUUGAUGUGUUUGGGUCUCGCAAGGACGUCGGGAUAGAGGGAUAGUUACUCGUCGAGGCGAAGGAGAAUCUGUUGGGCUUGAACAGAAGUUGGUAUGUUUCACUCGAUGAUGUCUCUUCAAGACCGCGGAAAGUCUUGACAUCAUGAGUCAAUUGGCUUGCUUUUCAGUCAAGUUUACUCCGACUUGGUGAGCUCUAGAAAUGAAGGCUGCAACACUACGUAGAAUCGUCUAUCUACUACGACUCUUAACCGACGAGAUCUUAAAGCUUAUGAUAAGUCUAACUCAGCAUGGUCUACCUUCUUCACAAUCAUAGACUGUAAACUUUUUUAUAAAAAAGUCAGUUAUUUGGAUUCUCCUACCUACAUGAUCUCCUUUCUAUUGUUUAGAUGUACAUAAUAUCAAUCCGAUCGACACAAAUACGUAUUCAAUCGCUGUAAUAAACACUCUUCACAAUGUGUUAACUGAAGUUUAUGUCUUUAUCAUUAUUACUUUUGGAGAAUAUUACAA